AUGGUGGAAGAAGAGGGAGAGGUAAAGGACGAUAACGAGGACAGUGACGAGGAGGAAGAUGAGAGCGAGACAAAAACAGUCCGCGCGAACAGUCGCCACCAGAAUGGCAAAGUGCCACGCAUCUUUGUCGACCGUGGCACAGAGGGCCUCCGCACUCCGGAACUGCGACCUCGACCUCGCAGGGAGCCGAUACAGCUUCUUCUUAACAAGGCCGGCCGGCCGCCACCGGCGGCGCAGGGGACGCAAGGGGCGGAGGAGAUGCUGGACAAGAUCUGUGACCCCUUGGAUAGCUUCUUUGAUAAGUCUGAUGUCGGCGCCGUUUCAGGGUUUUCUGAGGAUUUUGAGUCGGCUCCGGGUUCCGCGAUUCCUCGGCCGCCCGGCCCAUUCCAAGGGCCGGUGCCCUGUGAGAACGAGGAUCGUGUGGGUGCUCCGGCUGUAUCAUGUCCGCUCGAGCCUGUAGUACCACAGAAGAGACUAAGAGAGCUGGACGUCUUUGAAAGUGCUAUCUUGCAGCCGAAAGACUUUCAGAACGAGUCGGCAUUGUGA